AUGAAUAACAUCAAUGACAUUCACGACGUUAUAGAAAAUACGGACGGAUUGACUAAUCAAACGCUGGAUAAUAUGGGAUUGAAAUCCAUUGAAGACUUAAAAGAUGUGAUUAUAAUGAUUGACAAAAUGAGUACUUAUUUGCAAACAAAUAGUGAACCAAUUGAGCCAACAGUGGCUAUGAAUAUAUCGCAACAUAUGGUGACACUUAUGAGUCAAGUAAUCGAUCAAAACGUAUGGACGGAUGUGAAGAGUGCAGAGACUGUAGAGUUGGCCUCAAAACUUCUAAAACACAAGAAUCGGUUGCAUUUGGGCGAUAGAGUUGAGUGUGUUUUCUGGGAUUUCAUACAAAGCAAGUGGUCGUCAGAUGGAUGUCAUGUAAUGGACAGUGAAUCCAAUCGUGAGAUAACUGUCUGUGAAUGCAAUCAUUUGACUAAUUUUGCGGCUCUUAUGGACACUUCCGGUCGAGAAGACAAUAAACCGAAAGUCGGUAAAUACUAUCACAUAAACAAUUAA